ACAGAGCUCAGGACACCGCACACCCGAAGUCCUGAAAAGAGGGCUCGCUCUCUCUCCACCUGCUGUGUUCCACCUCCUGGAGUCAGAAGGCGGCAAAAAUGAAAAGCAUUUACUUUGUGGCUGGAUUAUUUGUAAUGCUGGUACAAGGCAGCUGGCAGCGUUCCCUUCAGGACACAGAGGAGAAAUCCAGAUCGUUCCCAGCUCCCCAGGUCGACCAGCUCACUGAUCCGGAUCAGAUGAACGAAGACAAGCGCCACUCACAGGGCACUUUCACCAGUGACUACAGCAAGUAUCUGGACUCUAGGCGUGCCCAGGAUUUUGUGCAGUGGUUGAUGAACACCAAGAGGAACAAGAAUAACAUUGCCAAACGUCAUGAUGAAUUUGAGAGACAUGCUGAAGGGACCUUUACCAGUGAUGUAAGUUCUUAUCUGGAAGGCCAAGCUGCCAAGGAAUUCAUUGCUUGGCUGGUGAAAGGCCGAGGAAGGCGAGAUUUCCCAGAAGAAGUCACCAUCGUUGAAGAACUCCGCCGCAGACACGCCGAUGGCUCUUUCUCUGAUGAGAUGAACACGGUUCUCGAUAAUCUUGCCACCCGAGACUUUAUAAACUGGUUGCUUCAGACAAAAGUUACUGACAGGGAGUAAGUGAGUCACUACUCAAGAUCAUCUUCACAGCAUCACCUGCCAGCCAUGUGGGAUGUUUGAAAUUUUAAGUUCUGUAAAUUUAAGAGGUGUAUUCUAAAGCCAUAUUGCUUUGCAUGCCAAUAGAUAAAUUUCCUUUUAAUAUUGUGUAACCAAAAGAUUAUAAAUGGAAUAAACCAUUGUCAAAAUAGUGCUAAAAUAUCAGCUUUAGAAUAUGAAAAUGCAGAAUUCUCUUAUUCUUCUUAUUUUGGAUGAAGUACCCUAACCUGCUUACACUUAGCAAUGAAAUUGUUGUUCUGUGAUAUAAUCUGUAUACAUAAAUUAUUCCGAUCACAACAUAUUUGCAUUAUAAUAAUAGGGUAAGGGAAGGACUGGUAGCCACAGUUGUGAAACUGGAAAGAGAACUUUCUUCUUGAAACUUUGUCAUAAAAAUGCUCAGCUUUCAAUAUAAAAAAGGUAGACUAAAUAAAAAUUUCAAGUUCCUUCA